AUGGGUCUUGGUAGACCCGGUGACUUUCCGUGUACGAGCAACGCCUACUGCCGUACCUUCUUCAAACCGCGCUCCUUCUGCAUGCCCCUAGAGCCAACACGUCCGGUUUGCGCGGAGUUCAUAGACAACGAAUGCAGCCUGGAUAGCCAUUGUGGACCCGGGGCACGCUGCAUUGGAGCCAAGGAACUGGAACGGGGACAUUGCUAUCUUUAUUAU